GUACAUGAUGAACGUAGUGUGCUGUGGAAUUAAGUUGUGUUGGAAGAAUGAGAGAGAUAGCAGGGUUGGGUGGGUGAAUUCCCGUUAGCUUUGGCAGGCCCUCGGAAGCCUCGUGUCGCAGAUUUAAUGGUGUGUGACCGUGCACCCUGACCUUUCCCAUCCCUUCCCCUGCUCCUCCUCCCUUGGCGCCUCGUGAUCAGCAGGAGGAGGAGGAGGAGGAGGAGCCAAUCUCGAUCCCCUCGAGGUAGAAGAAACGGAACCCCCUGGGAGUGGGUUGGAACAGGAAGAGCAACUGCAGCAACAGAAACCGCAGCAGUAGAAGAGAUCAUUGCCGGCCCAACUUGUCCUCGUUAUGCUAUCGAUCUCAAGGAGUUGUGGAGCCAGAAAGGAAAAGGGAAAGGUAGGCAGAGCAGACCCAUUUCCUUUGAUCCCCCUCGAUCCCGUCUUCUUCUCUCUAAAGCUUCUUUUGGUCACCCGGGAAUCUCCCUCCCCUCCCUCCUUGCAUGGGUCUUUGACGAGGGAUUCUUGAGAUCGGAAGGAGGGUUUGUGCUACGAUGACGACGACGAUGUUGUUGUUUGAUUCCUGUUGAUGUUCACGUUUGUAGCAUAUGUGCUUAGGGUCUUUGACGAGGGAUUCUUGAGAUCGGAAGAAGCGUUUGUGCUACGAUGACGACGACGAUGGUGGUGGCGUCGCGGAGAGGAGACUUGAACCUAAACCACGCGCCGCUGCCGGACUACGAGGAGCAGGUGAAAGAGGGACUCAAGCAAGCCAUGGUUGAGCACGACACCCUCUUCAAGCAUCAGGUGCGGGAGCUCCAUCGCUUGUAUUGGACGCAGAAGAAAAUGAUGACCGAGGCUUGCUGGAGACGAUCUGAUUUGGUAUCGCCUCGUGAGGCACGAGUCGGAUGGAAGUUACUGGGAGAGAAGAAAACCGGCGACGUGCCAUCUCGCUGGCUCACGGUGAAUUCGAUGGAGAUGCGGAACACCACAACAGAAUUUAAUGCUAAUGAUAGGAGCUACAGUCUUCAGCUUCCAGCUAAUGUCAAUAGUUCAUCUGGCAUCAAACCUCUGGCAAAUAAUGCUGCAAAUAGGAGUCUUUCUCAAAUUUCUGCUUCAUCUGACUUUUGUUCGGUAGCUGCAAUGCAGAGUGAAUCUGGUCAUAGGCGGACAGAGAGGUUUUCCCAUGCAGAGCCUCAGACUGUAAGAUGGCAAGAGGCGAGCUUCCUCUACCCAGAUGGAUUAGAAGAAUAUGGAGGCUCUCUCUCUGCCAAUUUCCCCACCAAGAAUCAAUGGCCACAACACAAACUUAUGCACAUUGACCUGAACAUAGCCCAAGACAGUGAAUCUAUAAAUGUUUUUCCAAAUACUGCAGAAACAUUUUAUUCUCCAUCAACAAGUUCAUCAGUUGUUCACUAUGGAGAUAAUCUUAGAGUAUCAAAUGAUAAAUACUCAAAAGAAUCUGAAGCAAGCAAUGAGAGCACAAAAGAAUCCACUGUCACAAAUCAACCUGGUGUCGUAUCUCCAGGUUCAGAAAAUUCAAGGGAGAAGAGUGCUGAUUCAUUGCCUCAUGACCCUAAAGAUUCUGAUAGUUCCUCAGUACAAGCUUCCGGACAGAGCAGCAAUUUUAUGAGGAAGAACUGGGACCAUAAAGGAUAUAUCGUGGAAAAUGAAGUCUGCAGAUCUGGCAUCAGGAUCUCUGAAGAAUGUAGCAAAAAUUUAGUGGAAAGAUUUUCUAGUGCCUACGAUGAGCAAGCUCAUGGUGGUACAAAUGGAACAGUUCUAGCAGACUUACAAAAACCUGGAAUCGAAAAAAUUGGCUCAUCAGUUGGUGAGCCAAAUUUUGCUGUACAGAGUGAUGACAGAAAUAAUGUUCCAAUUUUCAGAGUUCACGAGGAACACGAUUUGGAAGAGAAAGAAACAAAUGCUGAAGGGAGUGAAGAUACCAUAUCAAGUCAUGUCACAAUGCCAGAUGAAAAGCAAAAAGAUGAGCUUAUGGAGUAUACUAUCGGCAUUAAGCUAAAUCGGUUAACUAGACACAGUGAAUGUACCUCAAAGAAGAAAAGUAUGGAAGAUCAUACAGUUAUCUCCAGUUCCAAGGAUUUUGGGACUACUCACUCAUGUUCAGUGAUGCCUGAAAAGAUUUGUCACAAACAGAUUCCAAAUGUUGUAGAUUCUGACUACAUCUGCACACAGGAUAGACCGUGCAGUUCUGAUGCAUCACAGCCUAGAGAUGAUAUGGAACAGCAGCUAGCCAAAAUAGAGCAAGAUAAUAUUAUUAUCAAGGCAGCUGAGAUACUUCUAUCUGUUUCUUCAGAGAAGCCAUUGUGUUCAAUGGAUCCAUUGGCUACUGAUGGGCAGAUGGAAUUAAAAUGUGAAGAAGGCAAUGAUCAGCCUCAGUCUUCUAAUUCUUUUGAGACAAUAACUCUGAAGCUACAGGAGAUCAGAGAUAAUGGAAGUUCCAUCUGUGCUAGCCAAAUUGAGAGUGAGCCUAGGAAGGAUGGAUGCGGCUUUAGACCACGUAGGGGAAGGCGGGAUUUCCAGAAGGAUAUAUUGCCAGGGAUUAUCUCUCUUUCAAGGCAUGAAAUCUGUGAAGAUCUUUAUGCAAUCCAGUAUGACCUUAGGAAGAAAUCUAAAUCGACCUGUGAGAAGAAUUGGUUAGUUCCUGUUAGACGUAGGCGCUCAAGGCGACAUGGUCAAAAAUAGCUGCUAAGAGUUUCAGGGAAUUUAGAUUUUGAAUUCAAAAUUAUAAACUGAAUUUCUGUAAAAUAUAGUGUUUAGAUUAUGCCUAGCAUAUGUAAGUAUCAUAUCAGUUUUUGGAUUAUUGCAUUUGCUCUGAUUCACUCUCA